AUGGGUCGCGUCCGCACGAAGACGGUGAAGAAAUCCUCACGUCAGGUGAUCGAGAAAUACUACUCGCGCAUGACGCUCGAUUUCCACACCAACAAGAAGAUUCUGGAAGAGGUCGCAAUCAUCCCGUCGAAGAGGCUCCGCAACAAGAUCGCCGGAUUCUCCACCCAUCUCAUGAAGAGGAUCCAGAAGGGACCCGUCCGCGGAAUCUCCCUCAAGCUUCAGGAGGAAGAGCGUGAGCGCCGCAUGGACUUCGUCCCCGACGAAUCCGCCAUUAAAACCGAUCACAUCGCCGUCGACAAAGAGACGCUCGAAAUGCUUGCCUCCUUGGGAAUGUCUGAGUUGCAAGGUAUCGUCAAGGUCGAACCCGCCGCUCCGAUUCCCGCCUUCGGAUUUGGCCGUGGAAAGAAGUUCUAG